CAUCUCUCCGGAUCAAACGCCCACGGGGCAGUGGGGAGGGGGCAUAAUUCACCCCCCCUCCAUUCAAAACCAGCUCGGGGCUGCCCGGAGCUGGGAUGAGCCUGCAGCCAGCGCUCAGUGGCAGUGGGAGGGAGGCGAUCGGGGAAGUCAGUCAGGUGUGGACGAGGUAUGAGGGGAGGCAGGGAUGGAGCCGCACUCGUGACAGCGUGCCGAGCGCUCACGCGCAUCCCUCCUCCCGCCGAGAUGCAGCAGGGCCGGCCAUCCCUCUGCUGCGUCUCCACCAUCCGCAGCUCGCAGGGACCACCCGAGCCAGCCGCUGCCGCCGCCACCGCCCACUUCAGCUUCUGCCGCAGCCUCCUGGAGCACACGGUGUCGGCCGAAAACCUCAGCUACCGCCUGCAGCGGAACCCAGGCAGCAGCCUCACCUGGCACGACGGCCGGAGCCAGCGCCCCGACGGCGGCCGCACCGUCAAACUCCUGCGCCAGCCAGGCACCGAGGGCUCGCAGGGCCGUGGCUGUGACCACUAUGGCAUCUACCACACCAGCCCCACGCUGGGUAGCCUGGUCAAGCCGGUGGUGCUCUGGACCCAGCAGGAUGUGUGCAAAUGGCUGAAGAAACACUGCCCACACAACUAUCUCAUCUACGUCGAGGCUUUCUCCCACCACGCCAUCACAGGCCGGGCGCUGCUGCGGCUGAACGGGGAGAAGCUGCAGCGCAUGGGGAUCGCGCUGGAGGCGCAGCGGCAGGAGGUCCUGCAGCAGGUCCUGCAGCUCCAGGUGCGCGAGGAGGUCCGGAACCUGCAGCUGCUCAGCCAAGAUUGCACCAACACUGUGAACCGAGCUCCGCUGGGAUGGGCUGUGCACCGCCGGUACGAGACCUGAGCCACACGCUUGGAAUACGAAGAGACAGCUUCCCAGACACUCUGGGGCUCCUCUCCUGCUCCUUCCUUCUUUUUCUUUUAAAGGAAUACAUUCCUGUGCAGAGAUGGAAUGUUUCUUCCAGCAGACAUGGCUCUUGGCUGGAGGAAAAUUAGCCAAGCGGCUGCUGGGACAGAUGAUGAACUUUCACCCACCUGAGCCUGAUGGUUCACAGGGAAAGAGAUGGAAAAAAGGAGAUGGCAACAGGCAUGGCUCAGUGCUGUGGGGAAAGGGAACAUGGUGAUUCCUGGGACAGCUCAGAGCCACGUGCAGGACACUGAAGCAUUAUGCACGUGGGCAAUAUCCCAGCUCUCGGCAACUUGUAUCCGUGCCUCGGAGCUUAUUUAUAGAGUUUUAGUUUUCUCAUCAGACUGGGCUGUCUUCCAGCGUCCGAGGAGGUGACGUUAUCAGCAGCAAAUAAGAUGAUCCAACCAGCUAAAAAAAUUCAAAGCAGGGCCAAGACCCCAGCACCCAGCUCCACUUGGUGAGUUAAAAAUGGAGCUGAGUCAUCAGAGCUGGAAAAUCUGGAAGUAAAGACAGGAUGGAUGCACUGGGAGGGUGCUGUGGCCUGGAGGGAGCUGCACCAGGAGAUCGUCCUUCAUCCGUGGGCAGAGGGGGGAGCCCAUGCAGGGGCCAGUGGGAGCAGACGUGGAUGCUGCUGGGUUGUGUGGGUGCUGCCCCGGGUGAGGAUGGGGGAUUACUGGGUGCCAGGUACCCCCAACACCGAUGCCCAGCCCUGCUCCUCUCCGUGCUCCCACCAGCUCUGAAGAGCUCUGCUCCACCAGGCAUUGGCAGGUGCUCAUCCUGACCUCCUGCCCAGGGGCUGGCGAUGGUGCCACCAAACCCAGGCGCCUUUCUGAUGACCUUCACCAUCAAGAAGGUGAAGGUGUUUGCUGUUAUACCCCUCCACCCACUAAACCGCCCUGUCCAGAGCCACAGGCUGCUCAUGUGGGCAGGUAAGGAACACCCACGUGUAAAAUAGGAUCUGGGGGUGGGGUGGAUGCUGUCACUCCCCACAGUCCUCCUCCAGUGAUGAGGGCAGGGCUGUGGAUCAUGGGGGUCCAAAAAGAGCAGCACCCCAAAGUCCCUGGGGCACUGGGAUGUGGAGGCAGGUCACAGCGCCCCCCAGCCAGGCACCCACCCACCUGCUCCUCUGCUGGUAAUAAAUUAGAGACUGUUAUUUUAACUCA